UCAAGGAAUGGUCGAGGCGAGAUCGCCUCCUGUUUUAGCUUUUUGUGUAACAAUUUAUUACGGUAUAAUUUAUCAUAAGUAAUGCUACCUUCAACGGGUUAUUUUAAAGGAAUUACCUGUCCAUUUUACGACAGUGGCUUGUGUGAAAGACCCUAUUGUCAUUUUCGUCAUGUAAAGAAAGAUACUUUAGCGAACACAACAAAUGAAGCUAUGGAAAGUGGGACAAUACUACAAAAACUUGUAACAGCAGCAGUGCAGAAAGUUCUUCAGCAAACCGAAGCCUCGUCUUCGUCGACGAUUGCUCCGCAACUAUUGGCCCCUGAAGAUACCAAUGACAUUUGUAAAGUAAACAACACUCAAACUAAAGCCACAUACAACCCGACACCUAUUGCUGAGCUAAAUAAAAUAGUCAGUGUAGAGACGGAAAACAAUGAUGAUACCGCUGAACAAAGAAAGAGGCAUAUACCGGUGCCAUAUACACCUAGAAAACCUUCAAAUUUGCCUGUUAAAAGGCCAGUAGAAACAAACGGUUCUUCCAAACCUUUUAUAUAUGUACCACCCCCAGCAAAGUACACACCUGGUUGUCCUGAAACUGUCCCAUUAGAUCUUUAUACACCAAAAGGAUCAACAGAGUCAAAUGAAAAAUAUAUGCCGGGAACUGAAACUGAAUUACAGAAAUAUACUCCCAAAGACACACAGCAUCCAAGUAAGCAUAACUAUAUUCCAUCUGAUAGAAAUAACAGUAAAAAGAAAGUGCUAGAAUAUAAACCAGCAAAAGUAAGCAGUAAAAAUGAAAUGCCCACAGUGACCUAUGAGCCUACACCAAAAUCACUGGUGCCCUGCUUUUCAAGUGAUGAAGAUGAACCAGAAUCUAAAAAAGCUAAACUUGUGAAUGACCUUAAUGGAUUAGACGAUUUAGGACCAGAAUUUGAUAUACUUGAUCAAAUAUUGGAUGAAGAAAAAGCUCAAAAUUACAAAGACAAUGAUGAAACCUCUAAAAUAAGCAGUCCAAGUGUAGAUUCUUCCAAAAAACACAGUGAUGAAAAAAAAGAGUCCAGUAGAAAACAUAGUAAUGAAAACUCAAAAAGACAUAAAAGCUCAACUAACAAACAUGAUGAUAAAAAAUCUCAUGACAAUAAAAAAUCACAUGAUAAACUAAAAUCUGAAAAGAAAGAAAAAUCAUCAUCUCGCAGCAGAAAUGAGGCAAAACCAAAAGAGCCCACUAAGAAGAGCGAAGAGGAAAAAUCAAAAGAGUCUAUUAAAAAGAGUCACAAGAGUUCCAGUAGAGAUAAGAGCAAAGAAGAAAGAAAAGAUAAAUCUCCUGAGAAGAAAAAAUAUUCUAGUUCUAAAGGAUCAGAUAAAAAAUCCAGACAUUCUGAAAAUGAUUCAUCUAAGAGUUCAGAAAAACAUUCUAAACAUUCUAGUAGCUCAAGCUCCAAACAUGAUAAGAAAAGAAAAGACAGAAAGAAUGACCGCAAUAAAAACACAAAUGAAUCUGAAGAUAAGAAGCUGAGGGUUAAAGAAUCAGUUUAUAAUGACAUGUCUGACAAUGAUAAUAAUUUUCUUGCUGAUGACACAGAAUUUUGCCAAAAAGAUGAUGAAUUAAUAGAUCUUUCUGAAUCUGAUGAAGAAACAAUAGCCCUGGAAUGCAAAAGAAUAUUUGAAGAAUAUGUUCCCACUGAAAAAACAACUUUAAAUGUAGAGGAAACGAAAAGUAAUAAUCAAUUGUUAGAAAACAGCAAUGACAAUGAAUAUGUGCCUAGUAAGAAACGAAUAUCUCGAACUACAGAUAAAAAUAUUAAGAUCAUCCAAAAACCUCCAUUAAAACCAGAUUAUAAAGUAAGUGCAGCACAGGCUAUGGCCAAUAGAUUAACAAAAAUAAAAGAGUACCAUACUACAAAAAAUGUGUUGGAAACUUCCAGCAAUAACAAUUUAGUAAUAAAGCCUGAAGUUGCUAAAAAUCCACCUAAUGUUUCAAACUCCACCAACUCUAAAAUUCGCAUCGCUCAUGUGCCAUAUGCAUCAACAUUGCUUAGUGCUAAGAGAACUAUAGCACCUCAACCGCGAUUAAAAAAUGAAGAGCCAUCUACUAGCUCUACCACAAUACAAACUGUUAAAAAGGGCGCACAAAGAAUUGCACAUAUACCAAACGAAAAAUUUAUUGACAGGCCUGGUGUUUUGGAGCCAUUAGCAUCAAAAAUUCCUGCAAAUAUAAGAUCUACAUAUCUAAAUAUGAUGAUAGAUGAAUGUCUGAAAAUCUAUCUAUCUGCAACAGAUGCCUAUGCCAGAGCUCAACAUGAAGAACUCGCAACUAGUAAGAAAUGCUCUACUGUACAGAUUUAUAAAAACUCUGCCGUGCUUUCUGUGAGCCGCUUGAGGAAGGAGUUACAGGAAUGCAACGGGGUAAAGAAAUCUGGAUCUGAAUGUUCUACAUUACAGAAAAUGACUCCAACUUUGUCUGGAAACAUUAGUAGUGUCGGUUCAUGGAGCAUAGAAACUAAAAAUAGAAGAAUAGUAGACAACUCGCAAGAAUUUACAGGAGUCAAAUUUUACAAUAACAUAAAGAAAUGGAUUCUCACAGAAGAGCAAUUGCAAGAAAAUGGCUUUCCAAGGCCACACAUGUCUGGUGAAAAAGGUAGAGCAAUUAUAUAUGGUCAAAAUAAAAGACAAACCCCACCAAAAGGACUGCUGAGAACAUGUUGCCGUUGCAAAAAAGAGUAUACUGUUGAUAAAAAAGGUUUUGCUGUUGUUAAAGAAGAAUGUAUUUACCAUCCUAACAAUAAAUACAGAGUUCGUGGAGAGGUUAAAUACCAGUGCUGCAGUCAAGAAAGCAGCUCUGAUGGGUGUUGCAUUGCACCAUGUCAUGUGUAUGAAUAUGUAGACUUUGAAAAUUUAAGAGGGUAUAUUAGAACAAUGCCACCAGAUACAAAUAUUGAAGAUUAUGGAGUGUAUUCCUUAGACUGUGAAAUGUGUUACACAACACAAGGUUUAGAUUUGACAAGGGUUACGGUUAUUAAUUCUGCUUGCAAGGUUGUUUAUGAGACCCUUAUCAGGCCUCUGCAUCCAAUCAUCGACUAUAAUACAAGAUAUUCUGGCAUAACAGAAGAGCAUAUGGCAAAUGUUAAAACCACAUUAUUGGACGUCCAAGCAACACUUCUUUCCAUGUUUAAUAGCAGAACUAUAUUAGUUGGACAUAGUCUGGAGUCAGAUUUUAAGGCUCUAAAGUUAAUCCAUGACACUGUAGUGGACACAAGUGUUUUGUUUCCUCACAAAAUGGGCCCACCCUACAAAAGAGCACUUAGAAAUUUAAGUUCAGAAUAUUUAAAGAAAAUUAUUCAGAACUCGGUAGAUGGCCACGACAGUGCUGAAGAUGCUAUGGUUUGCAUGGAAUUAAUUAUUUAUAAACUAAAAGAAGAUUUGAAAACAAGAUGAUAAUGUGUAUCAAAAGUUUAGUUACAUAAUAACGUGUAUUUAAAUUAAAGUAAUAGAUUGAAAUGUAAUUUAUUGCACUUGUUGUGGUAGAGAUACAGUACUAUAUUUUUAUUGUAUGGUUAUUUGUUAGAUUGCCUUGGUAAACAUGUUACUGUCUCUUUUUUAUCAUCUGAAUGUCAGUAGUCGUCUUUUUUAAUAUACUUAGGUAUCAAUUGACUUUUGUGACUGUUAUAUCUAAUUGCAAUAAAAUUAGGUAGGAUCUAGGUUACAAUAAUUAGCAUUAUUAUUAUUAUUUCUAGUUAAAAUGAUAUUCAAUCAAUACCGAUGUAUGUACCUUUUGUAUUAAACUUUUUUUU